CAGCAUAUUUAACUCUUCCUUCAGAUGUAUUAGCGCCUUUUUCACGUUCGAGGGGCCAAGUAAGUCGUCCGGACUGCGCUUGCGCUUACUGGGUUCCGCCAUGGUAGUCGGUGGUGAAAAUGAGAAUGGCAAAUCUUUAGGGGUUGAAAGCGGCCCCCUGACUUAGUUGCCGUAGUUGCCAGCCGUUCAGCAUUCAAUAUUCCUUUAUCUCAUAUGAACGCCUUUCGUAGAGGAACGCCACAGUAGGUUCAAAUUAUUGAAAUAGUAACAUCGUUUGAAAACGCAAACCAUCGAAUAACGGUUGGUGGCAUCACUAUCCGUCGUUAGGGCCUUGUGGUUGUCGAUGUGAGACCUGCUGGACUGCGAGCAUAAAUAAUCAGUCACAUGCACGGUGUUUUUCUCGAGCAGGUUCUCCCAAAUCAACGACUUCUCUAGUAAACAUCGUCGCCAAUGAAUUCGUCACCCAUGCGGAUACCCCGUGUGUAAUUGCUCUGUACAGGGGGUGCAUUUGUCCGUCCGACGAACAACCUAGAGGCCGCCUUCGAACAUUACUGUGGAUCGCUCCAGGAAAAGAAGCUACCUCGUUAAUUUGAGGAGUCCCCAGCGUAUUCAUUGACAGGAUAUACCGAACCUAUCAACUCUGGCAAUGUAUCUAGUCAAGUUGGGAUUCUUAUUCCCGCCUUUUUGGGCGCCCGGGGCGACCAUCCUCCUUUCCCCAUUGCGUCCGCCGAAAUCAACGCCAUCCGGAGCAUGGCUUCUAGAAAAAACAGAUGCAGAACGUGAACAAAUCAUCCAGAAGAUGCAAGACACAGAGGUGAAGUGGGCGAAACGUUGCUGUUUAGCGGUUGUCAUCACCUCUAUUCUGUGCAUGGCGAUUGUGUUUAUCAUUUUGCGCUGUGAUAACCAAAAGGCUAAUCUUGUACCAGUACCGCUUCCUUGAUUUCUUUACUUGAUUCCGUUGAUCCCAUUCGGCAUACCAGCCCUAUACCGAUGCAUAGACAUCGAACUGUAGUUACGCUCGUUUCGUCUUGUUUUCCGGACUUGAAGUAUAAUAGACAUUGAUCAUAGACGAUGCAUCAGUACCGAUGAGGCAUGACGGUUGUUGAGAAACAACAGAAAUUUCCCGCGCCAUGCAAUCCCAGUGCACGCUGUGACGAGCCUCUACCACGAACCACGACCUGCAUGACGCUCUUCCUCCCGCUGGAGGCUGAAGCGCCUUUGCCGACUUAUCCAUCUUUUCUUCUCAAAUCGUCGGACACACAAAACCAAGUAUCAAAAGCAAUUAAGGCCAUUUUGAAGGCAAAACGCGUGGUGGUUGUCUGUGGAGCGGGGAUAUCUGUUCAUGCUGGAAUACCUGAUUUUCGAUCUCCAGAAGGACUUUUUCAAACGUUGAAGCGAGAUAAUCCCCGGGAGGCUCUGACUUCGGGCAAAGAUUUAUUCGAUGCAUCAGUUUUCAAUUCGGAACACACAACAUCUCUCUUCUGUCAAAUGAUCUGUCGGCUAUCUGACCUCUCCAAAUCUGCAGAACCGACUCCUUUUCACAAAUCCUUGAAAGCUCUCGACGAUUGUGGCAAACUUCUCCGUGUCUACACACAGAAUAUCGAUGCCAUCGAGGCGAAGAGUGGCCUUUCCUUCGGUGUACCUGAUUUUGAAUCCAAACGAUUCAAGACACGGCCAAAGGGAAAGAGCCGUGCUAUCGCAAGUACCACCGUUGACACUGCGGAUAUAGAUCACACCGCUACGCCUUCUGUUGCUCCUGCUUCCUCGACACCACGUUGUAUACCUCUCCACGGAACGCUCCAGAAUCUCCAUUGCCAAAUUUGCAACCAUUCAUACCCAUUGGACGACCACCUAUCUUCACUUACCACCGGUAUCCCACCUGACUGUCCCGAGUGUACAUCUAUGGAACACACGCGUCAACUUAUCGGAAAACGUGCCCGUGGCGUGGGUAGACUGAGACCCAGUGUAGUGCUUUAUAACGAGGCACACAAGGACGGUGAAGGGGUCGGAGAGGUUGUACGGAGAGAUCUAGUCGGUUCCUCCAAGGGGAAGGGAAGAAGUGGAGCAGAUUUAUUGCUAGUUGUCGGGACGAGCUUGAGAGUGCCCGGAACGAAGAGAAUGGUUCGGGAGUUUGCGAAAGCCGUUCAUUCAAGGGGGUCGGGUUCUCCAUGCGGUAAAGAAACUGGCAACUCUUCUCCUCCCAAUUCAUCAUCGACGAGUCCAGCUCCAGCAAAGGAUGACGGCGAGGUUGGCCAUCCGAUGAAGGCUAUCUACUUAAAUUUGGAUUUCCCUGUCCCUACCAGAGAAUGGGAAGGUGUGUUCGAUGUAUGGUUACAGGGUGAUGCCCAACAGUUUGGAAAGAUUCUCCAAGAGGAGAUUCGGAGGGACAUUAUCGCGAAAGAAAUGGCCAGCAAUAAAAAGAAGAAGAAAAAGAAGGAAAGCAAUGUCACUGUGGAAAUCGGAGCCUCGGGAUCACCCGUGAGGAAACGAAAGGUUCAUGGAGACUACUCUGCAGAGGCACCUAAGCGCAAGAAGACGCAAGUGGAAGUUGUUAUUCCGCCCUUUGUUCCUCAUCCCACACCUCAGACUGUCACGAAGAAAAAGAACACGAAAUCCGUAGCUGGGCCAACGCAACAUCGUGGACGAAACAUUCCUAUUCAUUCAGAUUACCCUGCAUCCACCCUACAUCAAGAUUCGUACAUGUUAACCUUAAAAUUACCUGCACGCACUCACCCCAUUGAUCCUGCCGAUGCAUAUUCCUCUCCGCCAUCUACUCCGCCCAAGAAGAAAUUGCAUGCCAUCCCAACCCCCCCUUUGUACGUACAGGAACCCUUUUUCGUAGGUUGCCCUCCCCCUAGUCCAGAGCUGUCGCCUCUCCCUGAAGCUACUCGACCCGGCAUGGACGUCAGGAGGUCUUCAACCUCUUCGUUAUCGUCAUUGUCCUCCCUGUCAUCUCUACCAUCGAGAGAAUCUUCUACAUCUUCCGUCACCAGUUCAAGUACAGGUGAAGACAUUACAGCCUGUCGAGACCGGGCAUAUGAAGGUCUUGAAGUGGUGUUCGCUGAUGAUGAUUCUCAACCCUUCUGUGAAGAAUGGGAUGGAGCGGACUCCUUUCAAUUCAAAUUCGGUUCUACCACUUGGGGGAACUUUUAUUUCCAUUCGUUUACCUAUCAGAGUCGUAUCCAAACCUCAUGUAUACGGACUACCCAACAUGACGGCGGUGGGUGAUUUGCUCCUCGUCUCUUACUAUUUGCCUCUUGUGUAACUCUUAAGUCCAACCUUGUUUAUUUGUCACUUAUAU